AGGGUACCCACAAAAUCAUCAUAUUCUUAGGUUUACAUAUUUUAGGGUUUUGUCGUGUGUAUAUAUACAGUAUGGAUAAAUAUAAUGGUCUGGUGGCGGCCGGAGCAGUUGAAGAAGGCGGCGGAGAUAUAAGAGGUUGAGGGGAAUGUUGGCUGGCUCGAUGUGGCGUUCCUUGUACGACAUCGUCGUCUUUGUCACUCGUUAGGGAUGAUGAUGAUGACGAUGAUGGACUGUGUGGUUGAGUGAACUCGGCAUCGGACCAGGCUUCAUUCCUCUCAAUCCAUAUAUCUAAUGAUAGUACUCUUUUCGGCCACGUUUGGGAACAGCGAUUUGAAUAAAACUUUUAAGGAGACGAAAAAGAGGGCCGGGUUGAGUUCAAGACCGGCCUUUGACGAGAAAUGUGGCAAGGAAAAGGGAUGCAUUGCAUUGCCAGAUCAGCUUUUUCCACUCUUAUCAUUGCAAGGCCAAAAUGUCUUGCUUGGGGGUUGUGACAGCAAAAGGGAUGCUAGCGGCUGCGACGGCUGGGGCACUGCGAUGCCCAGAGCUUUCGACAGCGGGGAUGCGAAAGCAUCAUUGACGGCGGUGCAGAAGCGGCGGAGGCGGCGGUGCAGAAGCAGCGGAGGCAGCGGUGCAGAAGCGACGGCGGCGGCGAUGCAGAAGCGGCGGCGGCGGCGGUGCAGAAGCGGCGGCGGUGCAGAAGCGGCGGCGAUGGCGGUGCAGAAGCAGCGGCAACGGCGGUGUACAAGGGUAGACGGCUCCAGUGGGGGUGGGGUGUGCAGGGGACCAGGGGUAGAAAAGAUGAGGGGCAUAAAGGGAAAGUCAACACAAUAUUCAUUCUACCUAAAUUUGCGCACCGAGUCAAAGCGGGAACUUUAAAUGUGGACGGAGGGAGUAUAUAAGAAGACAUGGCGGGAAUAGUUUGUGGAUAUAUGAGCAGUUCACAUUGUGUGGAGUACACUAAAAAAGUACUCUAAAUUGUAUCCUAAAGAGAUACAUUGGCAUUUUCAUGUUUCAUAUUGGUAUAAAAUGUUAGUGUAAUU